AGGCCUUAGUUCUGAACGACCCCGACUUCCAGCACGAGGAUCUGAACUUCCUGUCCCGGAGCCAGCGCUACGAGCAAGCCAUCAGGAAGAGCUCCCUCAUGGUGAUGAAGUUGAGAGAAUAUGGAAUUGCAGAUCCAGAGGAGAUCUACUGGUUUAAAAGCUUUGUUCAUCGUGGACGACCCGAGCCCCUGGACCUUCAUCUGGGCAUGUUCCUUCCCACACUUCUCACCCAGGCAACCCCUGAGCAGCAGGAUCGCUUCUUCAUGCCUGCCUGGAACCUGGAGAUCAUCGGCACUUACGCCCAGACGGAGAUGGGCCAUGGAACUCAUCUUCGGGGUCUGGAAACAACAGCUACGUACGACCCUGCUACCCAGGAGUUCAUCCUCAACAGCCCCACCGUGACCUCCAUCAAGUGGUGGCCAGGCGGACUUGGAAAGACGUCGAACCACGCCAUUGUCCUGGCUCAGCUCUACACUCAGGGCCAGUGCAAAGGGCUGCACGCCUUCAUCGUUCCCAUACGGCAGCUGGGCACCCAUGAACCUCUGCCAGGUAUUACAGUGGGUGACAUUGGGCCAAAAUUCGGUUACGAUGAAAUGGAUAAUGGCUACCUGAAAAUGGACAACUUCAGAAUUCCUCGGGAAAACAUGCUGAUGAAACACGCCCAGGUUGAACCAGACGGCACCUAUGUGAAACCUCUCAGCGACAAGCUCACCUACGGGACCAUGGUGUUCAUCCGAUCUCUCAUCGUGGGCGACUCGGCUCGCUCGCUGUCCCGCGCUUGUACCAUCGCCAUCCGCUACAGCGCAGUGAGACACCAGUCGGAGCUAAAGCCAGGGGAACCAGAACCCCAGAUCUUGGAUUAUCAGACCCAACAGUACAAACUCUUCCCUCUCCUGGCCACAGCGUAUGCUUUCCACUUUGUGGGAGCCUACAUCAAAGACACCUAUCACCGGAUCAGCGGGGACAUCAGUGAGGGGGAUCUGAGCGAGCUGCCAGAGCUCCAUGCCCUGACAGCAGGGCUGAAGGCGUUCACGUCCUGGACGGCCAACGCUGGCAUCGAGGAGUGUCGCAUGGCCUGCGGCGGGCAAAAAAUUCCUGACAUCUACGUCACCUUCACCCCGUCCUGCACCUAUGAGGGAGAAAACACGGUCAUGAUGCUGCAGACAGCCAGGUUCCUUGUGAAAAGCUACUCCCAGGUUAGUUCUGGGCAGCGGGUCACUGGCAUGGUGUCCUACCUGAAUGAUCUCCCCAGGCAACGCAUUCAGCCACAGCACGUGGCCUCUAGGACUGCGACUGUGCGGGUCAGUGAUCCAGGGAGCUUAGUAGAUGCCUACAAAGCACGUGCUGCCCGGCUUGUAGAAGCUGCAGCAAAGAAUUUGCAAGCUGAACUGAACCACAGAAAGAGCAAGGAGGAUGCCUGGAACAGAACUUCUGUUGAUCUUGUGCGAGCAUCUGAGGCACACUGUCACUACGUGGUAGUGAAGCUUUUCACCGCGAAGCUGUCGGAGGUCAGGGACGCCGCUGUCCGUGCUGUCCUGACUGACCUGUGUCUCCUGUAUGCGCUGUACGGGAUCAGUAAAAACACUGGAGAUUUCCUGCAG